AACAAUUCGUAGAUUUAAUAACGCAAAACUCGAUCUGUCCACGUAGUUAACCCAGAAUUACCACUGAAAAUGAAUCGCCUGUUCGCCAAGCGGGCAGCACAGCCUCUUUCCAGGAUGCUUCUGUGUUCACGUGUGACUAGCUGGUUGCAGGUAUGCCCGGCUAGAAACUCCAGUUGCCAGGAAGAGUAUGCCCUGACGGAUCACAAGUUCGAUGCGAUUGUGAUUGGAGCUGGCGGAGCUGGAAUGCGGGCGGGAUUUGGACUGGCGGAGAAGGGUUUCAAGACGGCCGUGAUUUCGAAACUGUUUCCCACCCGAUCCCACACGGUGGCUGCCCAGGGCGGCGUCAAUGCCGCCCUGGCGAAUAUGGACAAGGACGACUGGAAGUUCCACUUCUACGACACGGUCAAGGGCAGCGACUGGCUGGGCGAUCAGAACGCCAUCCACUACAUGUGCCGCGAGGCGGAGAAGGCGAUCUACGAGCUGGACAUGUACGGGAUGCCCUUCUCCCGCCGACCGGAUGGUAGGAUCUACCAGCGACCCUUCGGAGGGCAGACCCUGGACUACGGCAAGGGCGGGGUGGCCAGAAGGGCGUGCGCAUGCGCAGAUCGCACUGGUCACGCCCUCAUCCACACUCUGUACGGACAGACGUUGAAGUACGCCGACUGCUGCCACUACUUUGUGGACUACUUCGUCCUGGAUCUGAUCAUGUCGCGGGGCAGUUGCGUGGGUUGCUUGGCCUGGAAGCUGGACGACGGCACCUUCCAUCGGUUCUGGGCCAACAACACCGUGGUGGCCGCCGGCGGCUGUGGUCGAGUCUACUUCUCCACCACCGCCGGACACACGUGCACGGGUGAUGGCAAUGCCUGGGUGUCGCGGCAGGAGCUGCCCCUCAUGGACAUGGAGUUCGUGCAGUUCCAUCCCACGGGCAUUUACGGAGCAGGCUGUCUGAUCACCGAGGGUGUGCGCGGAGAAGGCGGCUUCUUCCUGAACUCCAAGGGGGAGCGCUUCAUGGAGCGCUAUGCCCCCCAGGCCAAGGAUCUGGCCUCCAGGGAUGUGGUGGCUCGGGCCAUGACCAUGGAGGUCCUCGCCGGCAAUGGUUGCGGUCCGCUCCAGGAUCAUGUGCACCUGCAGCUCCAUCACAUUGAUCCUAAGGUAAUCAGGGAGCGAUUGCCAGGCAUUAUGGUCACCGCAAGGAUCUUUGCCAAGGUGGAUGUGACCAAGGAACCGGUGCCGGUUCUACCCACAGUGCACUACAUCAUGGGCGGCAUCCCAACGAACUACAAGGGUCGGGUGAUCACGGUGGACGAGAAUGGCUGUGAACAGGAGGUCAAAGGCCUCUACUCCUGCGGCGAAACAUCCUGCGCCUCGGUCCACGGGGCCAAUCGACUGGGGGCCAACUCCCUGCUGGAUUUGAUCAUCUUCGGACGGGUGUGUGCCCAUGAUAUUGCCGAAAACAGUUGUCCGGGGGACAAGCCACCCGAGGUGGAUGAUAGGGCCACGGAAAAGUCAAUGGAAAACUUCAAGUGGCUGCGCAAUGCUAACGGAGACACUCCGACAGCUUGCUUAAGAGCGGAACUGCAGCGCACUAUGACCAAGCAUGCGGCUGUCUUCCGGGAGGGAAAACUCCUCAAGAAGGGGCUGCUCAAGGUCGCCGAGCUGUGCCAGCAGUUCAAGGACAUUAAGAUCACCGAUCGCACCCUGGUGUGGAACACCGACCUCGUCGAGACUCUGGAGCUGCAGAAUAUGCUGGCCAAUGCGGUUCACAUCAUCACGGCCAUGGAAAAUCGAAAAGAGUCGAGGGGCUCGCAUGCUCGCGAGGAUUUCAAGACCCGCCUGGAUGAGCUAGACUAUGGGGCUCCGAUGGCCGGGCAGAAAAAAAAGCCCAUAGAUGAGCAUUGGCGCAAACACACCAUGACCUAUGUCCUGGACAAUGCGGGCUGCGCUUCGGUCAAAUACCGCCCGGUGGUGGACACAACAUUGGACGACUCGGUGGCCCCUAUUCCACCCGCUCCGCGCACCUAUUGAUUGUUUACGGCAACUUCGAACAGGUUUAUUUUAUCUUACUUAUGCUGAUUAGGAUUUAUAAAUGUAUACAUUAACACCAACGAAAAUC